CUCUUUUCUUCCUGUUACAUAAAACACAGAGAAGAAAUGUCACAGACAGGCCUGCACUGCAAGUCUCAUACUCCAAGCUUCAACAACUCUCCUAUAUUGUUCGUAAAACUGGAGGUCAUCACUGCAUACUAGACGGAGGGCUAAAAAAUGGACAGCCUUCCUUUUGAGUUCAGUGAACGUUUGUAUGUUUCUAGUUGGACAGCACCCCACAAAUUAAAGGAUGAGCCGGACGGUGCCUUAAAUUAUGGAGAAACCUAUGAUUCAGGAUUUGGAAGCAUAAACCAAGUGGCACCCAGAGGGCAAUAUGUAAAGAGUACAAGAGGGGACUUGUCACCAGAAAAGUCCAGUUCACCUGACCUUGCUGACCAGACCGAGAUGCAGAUGAAAGUGGACUUUUUCCGAAAGCUAGGCUAUUCCUCAGAAGAAAUCCAUGGGGUGCUGCAGAAUCUUGGUGUGGCAUCAGAUAUAAAUACCGUAUUGGGAGAAUUAGUGAAACAUGGAGGCAACCCAGAAAAGGAAGUUGUGCCAGAGGAGCCAAGUGUCGUUUUAGUCCCACGAGGAGGCUCAAGCGCAAGACCAAACACAUCUUUAACAGAGGACAAUGACAGUAACAACUUACGGCCAAUUGUUAUUGAUGGAAGCAAUGUGGCAAUGAGCCAUGGAAACAAGGAUAUGUUCUCCUGCCGUGGAAUAUUGCUUGCUGUCAACUUUUUCCUGGAAAGAGGCCAUGUAGAUAUAACAGUGUUUGUACCAUCAUUCAGAAAGGAGCAGCCUAGGCCUGACAUGCCUAUUACUGAUCAACACAUAUUAGCUGAUCUUGAGAAGAAAAAGAUUUUGGUUUUUACCCCUUCUCGGCGAGUUGGAGGAAAACGGUUGGUGUGCUAUGAUGAUCGAUUUAUUGUCAAGUUGGCCUACAAAAGUGAUGGGGUCAUUGUCUCGAAUGAUACCUACAGAGAUCUCCAGAGUGAAAAGCCAGAAUGGAAGAAGUUCAUAGAAGAACGGCUACUCAUGUACUCCUUUGUUAAUGAUCUAUUUAUGCCUCCGGAUGAUCCAAUGGGUAGAAAAGGUCCAAACCUGGAUGACUUCUUAAGAAAAAGGCCUAUUGGAUCAGAAAACAAAAAAGUACAGUGUCCUUAUGGAAAAAAAUGCACCUAUGGAAUGAAGUGUAAGUUUUAUCACCCAGAGAGAAUUAACCAAACUCAACGUUCGGUUGCUGAUGAACUGCGUGAAAGUGCAAGACGGUCUCCCACUAAGAGCAGCAAAUAUAUAGAAGACAAAAAGACAAGAAAAGUUUCAUUUGCUGAGAUUUCAUCUGUGGCUCAAGACCUCACUUCGAUGCAGAGACCUACUUCAGAGAGAAAUGGAUCUUCGCAGAAAUGGUAUCCUCAAUCUGCCUGCUCAAUGGACUCUCUUAAUCAUAGCUCAUGUGACUCAGGUGUGGAUUUAUGGACAAGUGUUUCAAACAGUUGCUGUGACCAUUCUCACGAGCAAGCAAAGUAUUGCAACAAUAAUCAACGGAUCCCAUGUUGCCAGCAUAGAAACGGCUUGGAUAGCGAUCCACAUAAACACUAUGAUUCUCACAAAUUGGUUCAACAUGGUUGUCAUGCUACAUCGUAUUAUCCAUAUAGCCAAUCUUCAUGGCCUUCCCAAAAUUCGUCACACCAAAAUUACAGAAGAGAAAUGCCUAAGAAGUCACACCACAGCCUACCAAUUGACUAUACACCCCAACCUACCCACUCACUUGAUUUUUGGUCAGACCCAGGAAAUAGAGCUCAACCUAACUAUCCAUUAUACUAUUCUGUUCCAUCUUCUAGCAGUGAUUUUCAACCAUGGCAAAACUCUGAUAACUUUGCCACAGAGAGAUUAAGCGUGCGCACCAGCCUUUGUGCCAUCUUUCCACACUCAUUAGUAGAUGCUGUCAUGAACAUGUUUCCACAUUUGGUGGAUCCACAAAGUCUAGCAGCAGAAAUAGUGAAUUACAGGGCUCAAAACAGGUUAUAAAAGUAGAUAUUUAAAAACAAGGUUUUAUUAGUAAUGUAGAAUGUAUUACCACAUUGGCCAUCAUUUACAAUUUUUUGUCGGGUUGUGCGACAGAAAUUCUGUCUGUGCCAGAAUUUGCACCAGAAGUUGCGCGAGAAUUGAAAAAACCUGAUUAACUCUCUAUUUUACUAAAAAGGGGUGUGACCCUCAGUAAAAGGGGGUGUGGUCACCAAAAGGGGCGUGUUCCUGACAUUUUCACAAAAACACAACAUAUUUACUAAGGUUUCCACAGAAAGUGUAGUGGAUUUGAGCUGAGGAAAACCCUACAGAUCAGAGCAUGUGUAAAAAAAAAAAAAAAAUCUAGGGAAACUUUAGUAAAUACCGUGGGAAAAAAAUUGUAGGGAAUUAAAACCCACAAAGAAACCUACACAACACUCUUAGUAAAUCAGGGCCAUGGUGUCUUAUUAGAACUUGAAAUAGACAAUUUAUGCAUUGUCCUUAGGGCAAAUUCUGUUGCCCAGUCUCAUCUUUUGAAGCUCCACUUUCAGUAAUAAAAUGAAUGUCUUAUUCUCAUUUUUGAGAAACAAGUGACAAAUAUUGGAGUGUUAAUUCACUUAUAAAGGCCAUUUUCCAUUGUAAUUCCUGGUUGGAAUCUAUGUUCAUAAUACUAUAAAUUAUGAAUGAUUACAUAGGUACAUUAUGUAUAAGGCAAGACUAUUGUUUUACCGAAUAUGGGUAGAUUGCAUUCUUAAUUGUUUUUGUAUUUUUUUUAUGUUUUGAAACUUUUUAGCUAAAAUGAAAUGUUGUUUGUUUUAUAUAUGAGUUAACAGGACUGUGCUAUCAACAGCUCUUGUGCAAAGGAACAUUUGGAGCAAAACAAUGCUACACCAUGCUUAGUGCAGGGCUUGAGGAUGAUGCAUGACACACUGAGCAGCACCGAAAAGCGAAUACCUGCACUAACUUACUGUAUGAUUUUUGCAGGUGUGUUUCUUUCGCUAUAGAGCUGUUAUUUGACCAUAUGUUUACCUUGUACAGAAGUACUAGUUAUUUUUAUUUAUGGGCACCGAGAUUUGUGAGAUUUCUAACAUCUAACUGAAUUCUGAUUUUAUUUUUUGUGUGAUGCAUUUGCACAAGAUAUAGUUAUGGCUUCUAGGAGCUAAUGUUAAAGAAUAUUCUAUAAUUCAGGACUAUUCUGUUAAUAAUUCUCAUAUACUGUUUGGGGGUUUGGAUUUGACUUGCUUUUUCUGUGGAAUCCUUUGUUUCUGGAUUCGGUAAUUUUAGUAUCCAUAGUUUCUAUACACAAAGCAAGCUUAUAUACAUCAAUACAAGCAACAUAACAUUAUAAGUAACUAUGUAGCCAUAUAUAGGUAUGGAAACAUAAUGACAUGCUUGUGAUGGAGAAGCAACCAAAACAAUUGCUACAGAGCAAUUGACACGUUGAUACAUAUUGUAUCAGUACCUGAGUGCAAAAGCGGUGGUUGGUUUACAACUAUCCAGUGAAGGGAUUGACAUUAUAUAGAAAACCUUAUGAAUUGCAUUUAAGGUUUCUCAUUACAGUCUGGGAUAAAGCCAAGACGUGGCUGAAGUAGAGCAGUUGUGUUCUAUAGGACUAAAUAUGUCUACUAAAAACUAAUUGGUUCAGUUCUUGUAAAUAACAUUAAUGAGGUUAAAUGGUUUCAAUUAUCAAGACUGUCUAAGACUCUGUUAAUACUGGUUGGUUUAUACACCAACAGUGCCACCAACAGCAGACCCCAUUGACUUAUGAUGAGGUCUGUAAGGUUCCGUCAUGAUGUCCAUCAUUUCAAGAGUAAGAAUGGUGCAUCACGCAUGACUACUCUUCCUGUCAAAUCUGAUGGAACUGCUGACAGAGGCAACCAAUGGAGCCUUUGACAGCAGUGUGAACAUCCAACAGAAUGGCCUACCAGGAAGGAGAAGGACAUUUCCUUUUGUACUCACAGCAACCAACCAGAGGUCAGCUUCUGUUUUCAAACCGAUCUGGAAAAAAGGAAUGCUGUGCUGUAAUUGGUUGUAAUGGGUAGCAUGACCAGCUUUUCUUUCAGACAGUUUUGAUAAAAAGAGACCUACUGUGUGAUUUCCUUACAUAAGAUCUACAUAGAAGACUUUGGUUUUCAUUUCAUGUGUACCCUUGCACUUGGUAGUAUGUAUUAUCUUUGGGAAUGACACUGUGUGUCAUUACGCCACCCAGGAAUGCAAAUCUUUUAGUAUCCGAUUAUCCACAUUACAUGAGCUGUAAUGUUUCAAAAUUGUAAGCAAAAUGCUUUCUUAAUUAUAUUGUUGGAAUGUAGCCUGUUUAAUAGUAUGUCUAUGUAAUAAUAUGAUAUAGGGUGAAAUCACUUGGAGGGGUUCCAUUCUUUGUAAGAGUAUAACCCAGAGGUGGCACCGCAGUUGUUUAUGUACAGCUGUCUGCAUGAAUAAAAGUUUGGA